ACGAUCCGUACACGGGCCCCGGGGAGCUUCCGGUUGAUGAGAGAAUGGAAACGAUGGAUCUCUCAGACAGAGCUGAGCUCCUGCUAUCUGAAUGUAAGGAUUGGGAACUCGGAGAAAGGGAACAAAAUCUUUUACAUCACCAGUUGAGAAAAUCACCUUUGUUCUACCUCCAAUCACAACCAAGAGAAAAUCUGCAGAGACUGAAAAUCCAUGCAACACACACAAAAUGCUGAAGGAUGAAAUAUGCUUCUCUUUGGUAUUAACCAAUGAGAUGGAACUUGAUGACGGUUAACAACGACAAGUAUUCUAUCUACAGGAACCUCAAACACAACACACCAGUUCUGCUGUGUCUGUCCAGCUAUUUCAUAAGUGGAGCAAGCGAUUCAGUUGUUCAUCCUUUCUGCUCAGACUGUGGGGAGCGAUUCACUUGAUCAUCUGACCGACUGGCAUGCCCGUCAUUUUACAAAGGGUGGUUCACCUUUUCAGACUGUGGGGAUUCAGGGUCAUCUCAUGAAGGUACAUCAGCAAGUUCGCACUGGACAAGGACAUUCAUCUGCUCUGUGUGUGAGAAGGGAAUCAGUCAGUCAUCCCACCUGUGGGCACGCCAGUCAGAUCACACUGGCCAGAGGCUGGUCAUCUGCUGAAUUUGUGGGGAAGGAUUCACUCGAUCAUCUGACCUAAUGGCUCACCAGCGAGUUCACACUGGGGAGCAGCCGUUCACCUGCUUGGACUGUGGGAAGGGAUUCACUUGCUCAUCUAAGCUGAAGGUACAUCAGCGAGUUCACACUGGAGAGAGGCCUUUCACCUGCUCAGACUGUGGGAAGGGAUUCCCUCGGUCAUCUGACCUAAUGGCACACCAGCGAGUUCACACUGACGAGAGGCCGUUCACUUGCUCAGACUGUGGGAAGGGAUUCACUUGCUCAUCACAACUGAAGGUACAUCAGCGAGUUCACACUGGGGAGAGGCCAUUCACCUGCUUAGACUGUGGGAAGGGAUUCACUUUGUCAUCUCACCUGCUGAGACACCAGUUCGUUCACACUGGGGAGUGGCCGUUCACCUGCUGGGACUGUGGGAAGGGAUUCACUUGCUCAUCCCAACUCAAGGUACAUCAGCGAGUUCACACUGGGAUGAGGCCAUUUACCUGCUCAGAAUGUGGGAAGGCAUUCAAACGGUCAUCUCAACUACUGACACACCAGUCAGCCCACACAGGAAAAUGGCCGUUCACCUGCUCAGUCUGUGGGAAGGAAUUCAAUCGGUCAUCUCAACUGAAGGUACAUCAGCGAGUUCACACUGGAGAGAGGCCAUUCAGCUGUUCAGAGUGUGGGAAAGGAUACACUCAGUCAUCCCACCUACGAGCACACUGGUCAGUUCACACCGGGGAGAGACCAUUCACCUGCUCAGUCUGUGAGAAGGGAUUCACUCGAUCAUCUCAACUGAAGGUACAUCAGCGAGUUCACACUGGGGAGAGACCAUUCACCUGCUCAGACUGUGGGAAAGGAUUCACUCAGUCAUCCCACCUACAAGCACACUGGUCAGUUCACACUGGGGAGAGGCCGUUCACCUGCUCAGUGUGUGGGAAGGGAUUCACUCGAUCAUCUCAACUACAGAGACACCAGCGAGUUCACACUGGGUAGUGGCCGAUCACCUGCUCAGACUUUGGGAAGAGAUUCUCUCAGCAAAAUCAACCAAUUGUGCAUCAUUGAGUUCACACUAAGGAGAGGCCUUUCUCCUGCUGUGAUUGUUGGAAGCAAUUCACUCAGUCAUCUAACCUUAUGUAACUCUCGCUUCAGCAAGCAGCUGAACAUAGGGGAUGAUAGCCCCCACCCCCAGCCCUGCCAAAGUGAAGAAAUCUUGUUUGGGUGGAUGCAGCAUGAUGUGUCCCCUGUUACAAAUCUGUACCCCAAAAUAACAAACGGAACACAAUAUGCAAUUAAUUGAUUGAGGUUUAUGAUGCCUACUUUGACUAUAGGGUUACUAAAGAAAACAAUAAAAAGAAGGGCUCACUUUCUUCAUUUGUGUUGUUACGUACUCCUGACAUGACAGUGGUACCCUUGUCACGUGACUGGGGUUGAAGCUAUACUGGACUUGAGGUAAUGUUCUUGUGAUGGUGGAGUGAUGUCAUUUUCCCGCCAGUAGAGAUCAUGUGACAGGUUUUUUUUACAGGUUAUAAAAGGAAGACCCCACCCUGAGAGGAGGGGCAGUUCGUGGCUGUAUUUGCCGAGUUGACUUCAUGCCACUGCGUGAUUUAAUGUGAUGACGCAGUUUAGUUGAAAGAUGAAGUUUUAUCUAAUGCCUAAAGUUUAAAAGGUCAUUGCCAGCAGUUUCUUUACAAUACUGCUUGUUCAGAAAUUAGUGGAGAGCGAAGAUUGGAGUUCGGGGGUUAAAGAUCUAGGGGAAUCCAUUUUCCACUGUGAAAUGGGUUCGACCUCAUUUAAUCCUUAUUUGGAAGGAAUUUGUUGACUAUUCUCGUGUUAAUCUCUGCAGGAUAGCAGAAGAUUGAGGACAGUGAGAUAAAGGAAAGGUCAGUGCCUUUAAGACGUUUCAUUUCGUAAAUUCUUCGUGGGAAAAGUUUGACGUCGGGGAUCGAAGCAAAACGACGUGAAAGAGAAUUUAAAUCGUCUUAUAAAGUCUCUCCUUUUAAAUGGACUGUGAGCGUCUUUGAACUUUUGGCAAUACUACUUUAAAGAACUGUUUUUGCAACAUUGCUUUAAGAACUGUUUGAGCUGCCGCACAGCAGCUGUUUCCGGUUACGUUAGUGUUUGUUUACUUUUGGGGGGUUUGUUAUCUGUGUUCAAUAAAUGUGUUAUUUGUUAUAUGAACCCUUGCCUAACUCACAUAUUUAUUGUUGCCUGAAUACGUAACAUAAAUAUGGUGGCUGCGUCCGGAUUGGAUCAUUUGAGUUUAAAUGCUUGCUAACUUUUGAAUCUGUGUUUUGGAAAAGGGGAAUACUUGGUUCUUUUGUUUGAUUGGCUUGUGAGUGUUAUUCGGCAACAAUGAAUAUUGAUGAGUUUCUGGCUUCACCAGGACUUAUUGGCGAAGGCGAAAAAAACUGAGGUAUCUAAGAUAGCUAGUAGAUUGCAACUUAAAGGUGUUUUGCAGACCACAUCUAAGGCUGUCAUACAGAGAAAAAUCGCGUAACUCUAUGUAGAUUUGGGUGUUUUUGAUGAUUCAGUUUUAGAGUCAUUUCCAAUAAGUAAUCUAGAGAUGCAGUUGCAAAUCGAACAAAUGAUGUUAGAGCAUUGUAAAUUGAAGGCUGAACAAAAGCAGAGGUAAUUUGAAUAUGCAAUGGAGGAAUUAAGGUCUGGGAACAGUCUUCUGGUUCUAAACAAAAACGUUCGUUGCUAGUCAAGAAAUUAAAUUGGUCCCUCCAUUUCAUGAAACAGAAGUGGAAAGAUAUUUUCAACAUUUUGAAACUAUUGCUUGGAAGUUAGAGUGGCUGAAUGAUAAAUGGUCAGUGUUGUUACAGAGUGUAAUUAAAGGUAAAGCACAACAAGUUUACACAGCUUUAACUGCUGCACAAGCACUUGAUUAUGAUAUUGUGAAAAUGCAUAUCCUAAACGCAUACGAAUUAGUCCCAGAAGCUUAUAGGGAAAGAUUCAGAAGUUUGAAAAAGUCUGUGGAUAAAACUUAUGUGGAAUUUGCCUGUGAUAAAGCUGUGUGUUUUGAGAGAUGGGUUUCUUCUAAAAAUGUAAAUGGGGACGAUGAUACAUUGAGAGAGCUGAUUUUAAUGGAUGAAUUUAAAAGAAGCAUUCCUGUUGAAGUAAUGACCGACUUAAAUUAGAGGAGUAUUGAUAAAUUGUAGGUUUGUGCUAGAUUAGCUGAUGAGUAUGUUUUAAUCCAUAAAAGUAAAUUUCCUCAGGUCAGAAUUUUUAAGGGGAAAAAUAACAAGGUAAAUCAGAAGUUAAAUCAGAAGUUCAUGAGAAAGGUAAGGAGGAAGGAAAGCCUGUGAAGGAAAGACGGUUUGGUCUUAUUUGUAACUAUUGUAAGAAGCCUGGCCACAUAAUAGCUAACUGUUUCAGAUUGAAAAAGAAAGAGAAGGAAGCAGUUCCAGAUGCUUGUGUGCAACAUACUGAAGCACAUGUAAAGUUACAGGGUUUGAUAAACACAAAUGAGGCUUUGUUAGAGUCUGACCAAGUUAAAACGGGAUAUGAUCAUUUUAUAACUGAAGGGUUUGUAUCCUUGAAAGAAGGACCUACACUGGUGCCAAUAAAAAUCUUUAGGGAUACUGGAGCUUCUCAAUCACUGAUGUUAGACAGUGUGUUGAAGUUUAAUGGAGAGUCUGAUACUGGUGAGGUAAAUUAUGUAACAGGUGUUGGGAGUGAUUUAUGCCUGUACAUUUACAUAUAGUAAAUUUAAAGUCAUGCUUAGUUACAGGAUUUGUUAAAGUAGGAUUACAGCAUAGCUUAACUGUGAAGGGUAUUUCUUUAUUGUUAGGUAAUGACUUGGCAGGUGGACAAGUUUUUUCUGAAGUGCAUUUGACAAUGGAUUCAGAGGAACCAGAGUUGAAUUCUAACACUGAUUCUUCCUGUGUUGUGACUAGAGCUAUGGCUAAAAAGAAUGAUGCGCAGUAUGAGGUUGUUACUUAGGACUGUUCAACUCUGAAUUCGAGUUUUGAGGAUGUGUCAAAGACUUCUUAUCUUCGUUGUUUGAACAAGAUUCUUGGAGUAAGUCUGACUAUGACGAUUUAUCUCUGUCUCGGAAGGAGAUGAUAGCAGAGCAGAAUAGAGACCCUGAGAUUAUAAAAUUAAGAGAACAAGCUUUACUCGGUAGUGAAAUUGAGAAGAUGCCAGUAGGAUAUUACUUGGAAAAAGGAGUGUUGAUGAGGAAGUGGAGAUCGCCUACAAUUCCUGCAAGUGAGGAUUGGAAUGUUGUUUACCAGGUAGUUGUCCCAAAAGUUUAUCGAAAUGAGAUUUUGACUUUAGCUCAUAGUGUGCCUUUAGGUGGACAUCAGGGGGUAAGGAAAACUGUGGACAAGAUUUUAAAACAUUUUUACUAGCCUGGUCUAAGAAAAGAUGUGGCGAUGUUUUGUAAAAUGUGCCAUACUUGUCAAAUUGUGGGUAAACCAAAUCAGGUUACACCAGUCCUCCAUUACAACCUAUUCCAGCAUUUGGUGAACCGUUUUCUGAAGUUAUUGUAUAUUUUGUUGGUCCAUUAUCAAAGACAAAAAACUGGUUAUCAGUAUUUGUUGACUAUCAUGUGUACUUCAUCUAGGUUUCCAGAGGCAAAGCUAAAACUUUGACAAAGGCUCAUAUAUUUUUUUUACUUAUUUUGGAUUACCUAAGAAGAUACAGACUGAUCAAGGCAGUAAUUUUAUGUCUGGAUUGUGUCAACAGAUAGUUUAUACAUUGGGAGCUAAGCAAUUUACUUCGUCUGCAUAACAUCCAGAAUCGCAAGGUGCUUUGGAGAGGUUUCAUUCUACCCGCAAGAAUAUGAUUAGGACAUAUUGUGUGGAAAAUGAAAGUGACUGGGAUGAGGGUAUAAACUUACUUUUAUUUGCAGUAAGGGAAUUGGUACAGGAAUCUUUAGGUUUUAGUCCAUUUGAACUUGUGUUUGGGCAUAGAGUUAGAGGACCUAUAGCUUUAUUGAAAGAACAGUGGAUUAGUAAGGAAGUACACACUAAUUUGUUGGACUACGUUUUGAAAUUUAAAGACAGGUUACAUAAAGCUUGUAGCUUAGCCAAGGAAAAUUUAAAGUUGGCUCUGGAGAAAAUGUAGACUUGGUAUGAUAAAGAAGCUAGGAUGAGGAAGUUUAAGCCUGGAGAUAAGGUGUUGGUUCUUUUCCCAGUGCAGACAAAUCCUUUACAAGCUAGAUUUCAUGGUCCUUAUGAAAUUGUGUCUAAAAUCAAUGAUGUGGUUUACGUGAUAAAAACUGCAGAUCAUAGAAGGUCAACACAACUUUGCCAUAUAAAUAUGAUAAAACCUUAUUUUGAGAAACAGUCUGAUACUGUGACUGUUGUGGUCAGUGAGAAUGAGUUUGAUUUAACUAGGAACAUGAUAGAUGAUUCAUCUGAAUUUCAUUCUAAAUCCAACAUUGUUUCUGUUAGGUUACCUAAUUCAGCCAUUCUGGAAAAUAUUGAUGAGAAAUUAGCACAUUUACAGCUAGAGCAGAAACAACAGAUGAAGGAAUUAAUUUUUAAAUAUAAGGAGUUGUUUCCAGAUGUUCCGAGAAGGACUACUAUAGCUUCACAUGAUGUAGAUGCUGGAGAUGCCAAACCUAUUAAACAACAUCCAUAUAGGAUGAACAUAGAAAAAUGUGAACUUGCUGAGAAAGAAAUUGAAUAUAUGUUAGAGAAUAAUAUUAUUAGACAUUCUAACUCGAAUUUGAGUUUGCCAUGUGUUAUGGUGCCAAAACCAGAUUGGAGUAUUGGGUUUUGUACGGACUAUAGGAAGGUGAAUGCUAUAACGAAAACAGAUGAAUCUCCAAUUCCUAGAAUAGAUGAUUGUGUAGAUAAAGUUGGAUAACCAAAGUUCCUUACAGAGAUCGAUUUAUUGAAAGGGUAUUGGUGUGUUCCAUUAACAGACAGAGGUAGAUAGAUUUCUGCAUUUGUAAUUCCAUCUGGGUUAUAUGAGUAUAAUGUUCUUCCAUUUGGGAUGAAGCAUGUCCCAGGUACUUUCCAGAGGAUGAUUAACUCUGUGAUUCAGGGAUUGAAAGAUACUGAUGCUUAUAUUGAUGAUUUAGUGACAGGAAAUGAUAGUUGGGAAGCACACAUUAUUGCGAUGGAGAAAUUGUUUGAAAGGCUUUCUAAAGGUAACUUAACUAUUAAUUUAGCUAAGAGUGAAUUUGGACAUGCCACUGUGACUUACCUUGGUUAUGUUGUGGGUCAAGGUAAGGUAGCUCCUGUUCAGGCAAACGUUCAGUCAAUUUUAGAGGUUCCCACUCCAACUGGGAAAAAAUCUCUCAGAAGAUUUUUGGGAAUGGUAGGAUAGUAUCGAAAAUUUUGUAAGAAUUUUGCUAAUGUUGCCCUUCCAUUAACUAACCUUCUGUAGAAAAAUGAGAAGUUUGUGUGGACAGUGCCUUGUCAAGAAGCAUUUGAAAAAUUGAAAACAAUGAUUUGUCAACAACCUGUGCUUAAGGCACCUGACUUUGAAAAACAUUUUUCAUUGGCUGUGGAUGCUAGUGAUGAGGCUGCAGGAGCAGUAUUAAUGCAAAGGAAUGAGGGUGAUGAGGUUGAUCAUCCAGUAGCUUACUUUUCCAAGAAAUUUAAUAAGCAUCAAAGAAACUAUUCGACAAUAGAGAAAGAAUUGUUAUCUCUUGUUUUAGAUUUGGAAUAUUUUGAGGUAUAUGUUGGUACAACUCAAAAACCACUUAUUAUUUACACUGAUCAUAAUCUGUUAGUUUUUCUCAGUAAGAUGAAAAACAAAAACAAGAUUAUUAAAUUGGAGUUUGAUGAUACAAGAGUACAAUAUUGUGAUAACUCAUAUUAAAGGUAAAGAAAAUGUGGUUGCUGAUUGUCUAUCUUGAUGUUGAAUGUACAAUGCAAUUUUUUUUAUGGAGUGUUUUCUUUCUCAAUUGUAACACUCUUAUAAUAUUGUUAGUUAUAGUUAUAUGAUGGUAUUGUAUAUUAUGUAUGUUAUAAAAUUUAUACAUUUGUUUUCUUGUAAGCAAUUGUUAAAAAUGUUUGUUCUUGUCAGAGCAAAAAUGUUUUUUCUGGAGGGAGGUGUUACAUACUCAUGACAUGACAGUGGUACCCUUGUCACGUGACUCGGGUUGUAGCUAUACUGGACUUGAGGUAAGGGUCUUGUGAUGGUGGAGUGACGUCAUUUUCCCGCCAGUAGAGAUCAUGUGACAUGUUUUUUUAACAGGUUCUAAAAGGAAGACCCCACCCUGUGAGGAGGGGCAGUUUGUGGCUGGAUUUGCCAAGUUGACCAUGCCACAGCGUGAUUUAAUGUGAUGACGCAGUUUAGUUGAAAGAUGAAGUUUUAUCUAAUGCCUAAAGUUUUAAAGGUCAUUGCCAGCAGUUUCUUUACAAUACUGCUAGUUCAGAAAUCAGUGGAGAGCGAAGAUCGGAGUUCGGGAGUUAAAGAUCGAGGAAAAUCCAUUUUCGAUGGUGAAAUGGGUUCGACCUUAUUUGAAAGGAAUUCGUUGACUGUUCUCGUGUUAAUCUCUGCGGGAUAGCAGAAGAUUGAGGACAGUGUGAUAAAGGAAAGGUCAGUGCCUUUAAGCUGUUUCGUUUCGGAAAUUCUUUGUGGGAAAAGUUCGACGUCGGGGAUAGAAGCAAAACAACGUGAAAGAGAAUUUAAAUCGUCUUAUAAAGUCUCUCCGUUUAAAUGGACUGUGAGCAUCUUUGAACUUUUGGCAAAACUACUUAAAAGAACUGCUUAAGCUGCCACACAGUAGCUGAUUUCCGAUUACAUUCGUGUUUGUUUACUUUUGGGGGGGUUUGUUUUCUGAGUUCAAUAAACGUGUUAUUUGUUAUAAGAACCCUUGCCUAACUCAUAUAUUUAUUGUUGCCUGAAUACGUAACAAUGUCUUCUCAUCCCUCCCCAGUUAAAGACCAUGAAAAUCUCUCUUCCAGGCUCACAAGAAAGAACAUUUCUGUCACUGGAUAGCCCCACAUUCCAAAACCCUGAUCAUCUGGUCAUAAUGUAAACAUUGUUGCUACAGAGAAACCAUUACCUCAGCAGUGAAACCUUACAGAGAGGCCAUUACAUGAGCAGUGAAACCUUACAGCAUGUUACACUUGUGACACACUACCGUGAUCACACUGGCGAAAAUGUUUCCAUAAGCUGCAUGCUGGAUAUUUGUCCAUCACUUUUGCUGAAUGCAAUUUCAAGAGUGACUGUCGAUGCUGAUCUCUGCAAUUAUUGCUGCUGCUCACCACACCCAGUUCUGCACCCUGGUCACUGGGCAUGGGAGGAGUUUCUUCUGCUGCAUUUAAUAUAGAAUUUAAAAUAGAAUUCAUUUAUUUGUCUCAGAUCCAGGAUAUUAGAUUUCUGUGUUAUGACCCUACCUCUGAGUACACUACCUCUUAUGGCGCCUCCGAGGAAAGCCUCAGAGACUUUAUGCACUCCUCGAGUGACAGAAGUUCCCAGUCACGGUGAUUGGUGAGGUUAAAGGAAGAGAGAGGAGUGCAUUACUGGCCAAAGUUCCGGAUGUUCUUUGGUUACAGACAGGACUGAUGGUUCCUCAUACCACCUGGUUUGUCCUUGGUUCAAGCCAAAGAGCUUGGAGUUUCUUGCUUCCACCUUGACAAAACAAGCCUCCAGCACUGAGGGAGGCUGGCAAAAAUUGGCUACAGGCCAACUGCAAUACUGGAAGGAAACUGACGUGAAGAUGGGAUAUGUGGUAAGACAUUCUUUUAAUAUGGACCGAACCGAAGAUGUUGUACCUGCCUCUGGGCAAUUUCAGGCCCUGAAGUCUGCCGCACCAACUGACAGGAUCACCACGAAAGAACAGACUUUCCCAUCCAUUCCGCAUUUCCCGCUCAAGCCCGAGGCAAACUUUUAUGCAAUGGAUGGAAGCUCUUUUGUAGAUCCAGCAGGAGAACGUUAUUCUGGCUAUGCAAUAGUGACAGACAGUGAAGUAAUUGAGCAGGCCCCUUUUGAAGCAGCUGUCUCCACCCAGAAGGCUGAACUAUUUGAUCUGACUCCUGCCUGUAUCCUAGCAACAGACAAAUGUGCGAGAUCAAAGAUCAAAGGGCUCAAAGGACAACCUUCUCUGGGUCCACAUUGAAGUUUAAAUGGUCUGGAAUUCUGAAAAUUAGUAAGAACCCGAGCAGAGGGAGAUAAAGUAUUUUAAUCCAUUGAAUAAAAUCGGGCCCAAAAUUUAAUUAUUCUGUUUUAAAUAAAUAAUUCCAUUCAACCCAAUCAAAAGA